AUGCUGGCUAAUAAUAUCUCCUCGACCCAUCCAGUAGCCUUCUUGUUGAUGGGUAUCCCAGGCCUAGAACACUUACAUAUUUGGAUCUCCAUCCCCUUCUGCUCAGCCUAUACUUUGGCCGUGCUUGGUAACUGCACCCUCCUUUUCAUCAUUCAGGUUGAUGCCGCCCUCCAUGAGCCUAUGUACCUCUUUCUGGCCAUGCUGGCAGCAAUAGAUCUGGUCCUUUCCUCUUCAACUCUGCCCAAAAUGCUUGCUCUGUUCUGGUUCAGGGAUCGAGAAAUCAAUUUUCACGCCUGCCUUGUCCAGAUGUUCUUUCUCCAUUCCUUUGCUAUCAUGGAGUCAGCACUGUUGCUGGCCAUGGCCUUUGACCAUUAUGUUGCUAUUUGCAAACCCCUGCACUACACCACAAUCCUGACCAAACCCCUCAUCAUCAAGAUUGGCUUGGCUGCUGUGACUCGGGCUGUGACAUUAAUGACUCCACUACCCUUUCUACUCAGACGUUUCCACUACUGCCGAGGCGUGACGAUUGCCCAUUGCUACUGUGAACACAUGGCUGUGGUAAGGCUGGCGUGUGGGGACACACGCUUUAACAACAUCUAUGGCAUUGCUGUGGCCAUGUUUAUUGUGGUGCUGGACCUGCUCUUUGUCGUCUUGUCUUACCUCUUUAUCCUCCGUGCUGUUCUCCAACUUGCCUCUCAGGAGGCCCGCUACAAGGCCUUCGGGACAUGUGUGUCUCAUAUUGGUGCCAUCUUAGCCUUCUACACACCUGUAGUCAUCUCCUCAGUCAUGCACCGUGUAGCUCGUCGGGCUGCUCCUCACGUCCACAUACUCCUUGCUAAUUUCUAUCUGCUCUUUCCACCCAUGGUCAAUCCUAUCAUCUAUGGUGUCAAGACCAAGCAAAUUCGAGAGCGAGUCUUGGGACUCUUCCUUAGAAAGGCUGUAAAAGGAGAGUGA